UAGCUAUCAACUUGUGAAAGGUGGUGGCUCUUCUUUGAUUGACUUCCCUGGCCGUAGACGAGCAUGAAAAGCCUUCUGCUUUUCUAGAAGCUCCGACAAGACGAAGGACAGACAGAACAAUGACACAAAACCACGUGUCAGGGAUGGAGACGUCCGCAGUGUCCGUCCUGAAGCGGGCCGUGGAGCUGGACCACAGCGGCCGCUUCCAGGAGUCUCUGGUCUGCUACCAGGAGGGCAUCCAGCUGCUUAUGGACGUGCUGAAAGCAGUGAAAGACGACUCCAAGAGAGGACACUACAGGGACAAGAUAAAGGGCUACAUGGACAGAGCAGAGCAAAUCAAAGCUCAUGUGAACCAGAUGAAGGAAGAUGGGAAAUACCACGAGCAGAUGAGAAUAGCAGAGGAUGCUACUGGUUACAGCUACGAGGCUCUGUUCAAGCCAUACAUCAGCAGUUUACUGACAGAGGUCUGGGUAGAAGACCCAUACAUACGGCACAUCCACCAAUUGUACAACUUCCUGCGGUUCUGUGAGAUGCUGCUAAAAGCGUCCUGCAAGGUGAAAAAGAUCCAUCUCCUCACUACACAGGACGAAGCGGACAGCGGACAGCAGGGCAACGCUCUGGCAGAGCUGAAAGAGAGUCUCAGUGCUCAGGGAGUGACUCUGGAUCUGCAGUACUCCUCCACCAUACAUGACAGGGAGAUCAGGUUUGACAACGGUUGGAUCAUCAAAAUAGGAAGAGGGCUGGAUUACUUCAAGAGACCUAAGGGGCGAUUCUCUAUUGGAUAUUGUGACUAUGACCUCAGGCAGUGCCAGGAGACGUCCGUAGACAUUUUUCACACCAAACACACAAAAACACUAUGAAAUUCAAAAGCCUUUGAAAGUUUCAAUCUCAAAUGACUUAAUUUACUUACCUGCCCUUAAAACCCACAUCACAACAGACAGGUGCAUGUGAUCGGCCUUAUGUGUAACUGAGCAUUUUCUGUCAGAGGUUUUACAAUAACUCUUUUUGUCACACUUUUUAAUUUCAGCAAGUAUAAUUAUGUACUGGAUGGUCAAUUUUAUAUUUCUUCAGUCUUAUCUAAAAUAGUAUUUUUUCAGCCUUUCUUUACUUUUAAGGGUUAUUUUCUAUGAUCUUUUUUUACUUGUGUGGUUUAUGAUUGUCUACAUGGAAGAUGCUUUUUAAGGUGGAUGCCACUAUCUGGUGGAAAAAUAAAUUAAAACUUUUAAAAUUAUAUUAAAAGUGUUUUUAUAAU